AUGCCGCCGUCGUUGGAGCUGGUCACUGGCGUCAAGGCGGAUCUGAGGGCAAGUAGUGGGCAUAUAGGACAGGAGGAGGUGGGUGUGAUUGGGUAUGUGGGGAACGGGAUGCCUGUGAAUGGUGUGAUCAAGCAGCGAUUCACAGACUUCCUGGUGAACGAAGUCGGAAUGGACGGACAUGUCAUCCACCUCAAAGACAUCACCAAACCCAAGGAGCCCAAACCCGAUCCACCCGCAAAACCCGCCGAACCAGCUCCGUCGAUGCACGAGGCCGCGGCAGAGUACAAGGAGCCUGAACCCUUACCGGAAGGCUUGCAGUUCGAGACCAAGACGGGAUGGAACGACCAUACCACCCGAAAGCUCUUGCCGCAUUUCGAGAAGGAGACGAUCGUGGCGCUCAGGGCGCUGUGGGAGGAGGGGAAGGAACCGCCCAGGAAGCCGGAUGCCGGGUGGGGAAGCAGGCCUGAUGACAGGGAGGUCGUCUCGCACGUUGUGGCCAGCAAGGAGGAACGGGCGGGAUGCCAUACGGCUAUCCGGGAGGCGUUCGGGGGAUUGUUUGAGUCGGGUACGAAGGCGGAAGGAGAGGAGAGUCGGGUGGUCAUCACCUAUGCUAGGGCAGGGGGGAGUAGGCAGACUUGGGGACCGCAGAAACCCAACCACUCGAAAAACCUCCCUCCCUAUAUCCACUUCACCCUCCAAAAGACCAACCGCGAGACGCAAGAUGCCCUCGCCUACCUGUCCCGCCAGAUCGGAUGUCAAUCCAAGGACCUCGGAAUCGCGGGCACCAAAGAUAAGCGCGCGGUGACGGUCCAGCGGGUGUCCCUUCGCCGGGGCAACAAGACGAUGGAGACGAUCUGGAAGGCUGUGAAUGGGCUGACGGGUGGAAGUGGAGCUACGGCAGCGAGUGUGUUGUCGGAAAGGGCGGAAAGGGGGGCGAGGGUCGGAGAUUUCAGUUAUGAGCCGGAAGGAUUAGAGUUGGGGUUGUUGAGAGGGAAUCAGUUCAAGAUUACGCUGAGGAAUGUACAAGGGGAGAGUGAUGAGGCUAUCGACGCCACGCUGGCUUCGUUACGGGACAACGGGUUUAUCAAUUUCUACGGCAUGCAACGCUUCGGCACCUCCUCCGUCCCCACACACAUAACCGGCCUCUCCAUCCUCCGGUCCAACUGGUCCGAAGCCGUCGACUCGAUUCUCUCUCUGCGUCAGAACGAGCACCCCGACUGCGUGCGCGGCCGGCUCGCAUGGCUCGAAGAUCGGGAUAUCGACGCGGCGCUCGCGGCGAUGCCGAGGCGGUGUGUCGCCGAGAGGAGUAUUUGGGAGUUCUGGAAGCGGGUUGGGGGGACUACGGAUUAUCUUGGGGCGUUGGGGACGAUCCCUCGGAAUCUCCGGACGAUGUAUGUCCACGCGUACCAAUCGUACAUCUGGAACUUGAUCACUUCGGAACGCAUCAAACUGUCGUCGACUAAGCCUCUUCCCGGUGAUAUCGUGCUGGUCAAGGACGACUCCACUACCGCUGCAGACGCCGAUGCCAAUGCCAACGGAGACGCCUCGCGAUCUCGACCUGCCCUGGAGACUGCGUCCAACGCCACGGUCAAGUACUUGACGGACGCGGAUGUGGACCAGUACACCAUCUUUGAUGUUGUCCAUCCCCUACCUGGAUUUGACGUCGAGUAUCCGAAAGGACCGAUCGGGGAGUUGUACGCUACGAUGUUGAAGGCGGAUGGGCUGGAUUUGGCCCAUAUGCGACGGGAUCAGCGCGAAUACUCCCUCCCCGGCUCUUAUCGACCCAUCAUCAACCGACCUCAAUCCCUCACCUGGUCUCAAGUCCGAUACACCGACCCCAACCUCGCCCUCGUCCAGUCUGACGAGGACGCCAUCCUCGGCCUGAACCCACCCGCGCUCAAUGACCCCGAAGGCAUGUUCCGCGCGGUCGUGCUCGAGAUGACGCUCGGCCCGGCCGCGUAUGCAACGAUGGCGCUCAGGGAGGUGACGCGGGAAGAGACGAGUAGUUGGUGGCAGACGAGUUUGACUGUGAAGGGAGAGGAUCAGGGAUGGAGGGAUGGGGCGGAUGGGAAUGCGGAAGCUGGGGCUGAGGGGGAAGGAGAUGGGGAGGAGGCGGAGGUGACAGUGGCGGAGGAAGAAGGGGCGGGAAAUGAGGAGGAGGAGGCGAAUGCAAAUGCGGCUGGGGAUGAGGUCAAGUAG